AUGGGGGAUAGACAGCCGUUGCUAGGUAGAUCGCACCGAUUCUCAAUAGAUAGCAAUGGCAGUUGUGAUGGCACCACUGAAAGGAGGCUUCCUUCAUUUCGCUUAGCUGAUUGGAUGCUUUGGGUACGCGGAGAAAGUAGCAACACAAAAUCUGACGAAUUCGAUGAUGGUGAACAAACUGACUACGAGAAGCCAGUUGGCUUUCUUCAAUUGUUUCGCUUCACAAAUCGUGUUGAUCUAAUCCUGAUAUUUGCCUAUUUAUGUGCAGUUAUGGGGCAUGCUCUUAACUAUGUUUUCGGCAUAUUUAUCGUCAAUCAAAUCAAUGGAUUAUUUGCUGCUGUGUCGUUUUGUAUUAAUCCUGACAAUGAGCACGAAAAUUUAACUUUUUUUACGGAAAACAGUAAACCGUGGUCUCAUGAUGUUGGCGUGGGUCAGUGCGACAAUAUAUCAUUUAGAACUUUGUACAACAGUGAUGAAAUUUCGAAAUCAACGUUGACUGCAUUGAUGCCAACAAUUGAAAGCAAAAUUAUGGGAAAAAUUCAUUUACUAUUCAUUCUGGGUUUCGCACAAUUGGGAUUUGCAUUAAUUGAAUAUUAUACUUGGAACAGUUACAUCCAAAGACAAAUGUUUCGCAUGAAUAUUUCCCUCUUUCAAUCGCUGAUUCAACGUGUAAGUAAAAUCAAUUAAUAUUGAAAAAUUAUAUAUGUAAAAUGCAGGUUGGAUUUAACUAUUAAACUUAGCUUAACAUAUUAUACUGUUGAUUAGUUAAAAUGUUGAUUUCUUCACAUUUUCGACUGUUCAUAUUGAUGGUACGAAUAUGAAUCGAUGAACUACAAGAGUACAGAAUAGUGGAAUACUUGAAACUUGAAGGGUUCAAUACAUCAACUGUUGAAUAUUUAAAUAUUUAACGCUGAUUUUAAAGCAUGAAUUCAAGUUUCAUUUAGUACAAAUAUGAAUUUAAGAAUGAGUUCUUUUGAUUUUAAGCUCGAAUCUGCUACUCUAAUCCAAAACAACCACAGCUUUUCUCAUCGAUGUUUCCCAAAAGAUUCAGUAGCCAGGAAUAUAUGAAAUUCCUCAUUAUUUGAAAUAAUGUAUUUCAAAAUCUUUGCAAUUUAUACAAGAUACCUUGGGUUAAUAUUUGAGCAUUUUCAGAAACUACUCGCGAUUAUCAGCUCUUCAGGUAUAUCGAAACGAAUUUUAUCAAUAGUACUGCUUACUUGUACUAGAAUCACUACUCGCUUCAUAGUGAAAUUUAUAAAAUAUUGUUAAUACUUCCAACAGUUUUAAAACUAAUUGACAUUGACUCAGAAGUCAUUCUGAAUAAGAACGAAGAUUAUAUGAACAACAUGCGAUCCAUUGAGCUAUGAUUGAGCCAUACAUUCUAAAGUAACGAGAAGAGUGCAUUUAUGGUAAGAGCAUUUUCCCAAUUGGUUCGAGUGUUCCAAAUAAAUUUUUGCAGUAAAAUUAACUCAUGCUCGUAAUUUUGUUAAUUAGCUUACGUUAUUUCGUUUUCAUAGUACGAGAAAUGUUCUAAACACGGCCGCCCAUGUAAAUAUUUUUUACCUCGAACCGCGUCUGGAACGCGUUUCAUUUGCGUGCGAAACGCACACAGAGAACGCGUCUAAAUGCGUCUCCAGUGAAACAAAUGAAGUGUUUAGAUGCGGUUGCUCACAAAAUCGGGAAUAAACGCGUGUCAACGCUUGGAAUGUUUCACCAGGGACGCGUUUGCAAAGAAAACUGCGUCUCAACGCGUUCCAUACAAUUUAUGAAAAAUGAAAAAAAAUUUCAGUUCGUCUCAGGUUUGAUCUUAGUCAUCAUCGAUAUCCUCUAUCGCAUGGUCUUUACCUAACUGUACGUCAACAAGCUGUUAGCAUAUCGACAUAUCGAUGAAUCUGAAAUGAUAGAAAUGAGAUUAGAACAUGUGAACUAAUGUUUAAGAGACAUAUACGUACCAUGAAGCCGUAUAUGACUAAAAUCGUUGUCUGAUGGCAUGCAAAGUCUACGAGGAUUAUACGCUCAUAUAAAAUUUACAAAAUUUAGAAAUGAUAGAAAUAUAGAAAAAAGAAUUUCUACAAAUUAUUAAUCAUCAAUACACAUAUCUAUCAGAAAAGAUAUUUUCACAAAACUAAUUUUUAUUCAAUAUUUUAUUUUAAUUUCAAACACUUAAUUUGACAACCUUUUCCAUUUAAGAGAGAAUGCGCAACAAUGUUUUUUUACAUAAAAUCAUCGGUGGUGCUAUCAGAAUUCAACGUUUAAUAUCAGUUUACUUUAUUUGAUUAAAUAGAUUCUCGUUUUAUUUCUUAAUCAAAUUAUGAAUGUAACUGAAAUGAGAACUUUCAAUAAUGACUGAUAUCAAUUGAAAAACAGAAUUCAGAUUUAUUCAUGAAACGACUUAAUAUUGACCAUUUGAAGUUAUCAAAAUAAUACAUAAAAGGAUAAAGAGCUUUGAUAGCAAAGUUCAGCUAAGAAAAAUCAAAUAUUUACUUUCGAAAAAUAUAAUCGUCAUAUUAGCAAUCUUAAAUAAGUUUCAUUAAUAUGAUUCAAUCUUUCAUCUUCGAACCACCAAAACUGAGUAUGUAAAAUAAUAAUACUAUAACGUGUAAUAGUUACAGAUGCUAAAUACUAUACAAAUAGAAUAGAACGGCAACUUAAUUAAUUUUCUUGUCUCAUUACUAUCGAAUGUGACCAAAUCUACGUCUGAUACCAAGGGAGAAAUAGCAGACUUUUGAACUUCAAGUUACUUUGAGCUACUUGAGUGAUACUUCACAGGUACUUGAAUGAUACUUUGAGCUACUUUAAGCUACUUGAAGGUACUUUGAGCUACUUGACGCAACGCCAUGCUGCUUGAAGCUUCUAGGAUAUAGCUUGAUCUUCUCAGCUAGGGAUGCAAUGGCGGUGAUAACCAUAAGUACGGUUACACCGUCCCUAAUAGAUUCAAACCGAGUUGAGCAUUGCGCAGUGCUGAGAAAAUUUCCUGUUUUGACGUUGACUGUAAAGAAAGUGGUUUCGGAGAAAAUAUCGAUACGUUAUAACGGUUGAGGAAGAAAAGUCGGAGCUGGG